AUGGGUACACUACGCGACCUUCAAUUUGCCCUGCAGCUGAAGAUUGAGGAGCUUCGACAAAGAGACGCUCUCAUAGAUGAGUUGGAGUUAGAGCUGGACACCAAGGACGAACUUAUCCGCAGACUUCAGGAGGAGCUUGACCGCUACAGAGUCACUUUUCCACUCCCAGGAGCCUGCACAGGUUACCACAAUUCAAUAGCUGAGGAGGAUGAUAAACAGAGAUUUAAAAGGAAAACUGUUAUUUCUGAACCUUUCACUUUGGACCAAAUCACAUUUUCUCGCAGGAGCCUGGAGAUAACGUCAGAGUCCCAGAAACUGAUUAAAGCUGCCUUUCUGAAGAGUGACUUAUUGAAGCACCUUGGUGAUGGAGAAAUAAAUGCAAUCAUCACCUGUAUGUAUUCAACCACCAUCAAUCAAGGCUGUUAUGUCUUUCAAGAGGAAACCGUUGGAUCACGGGCCUAUAUUUUAGAAGAGGGAAGGUUGGAUGUGAAAAAGGAUGGACUUAAGCUCCAUACAGUAUUCCCAGAAGAGAUAUUUGGAGAAUUGGCCCUUCUGUACAACUGCACGCACAGUUAUUCUGUGUCAGCACAAAUGGACAGCAAACUCUGGGUUAUCGACCGCCACAGCUACCAGACCACACUUAUGCAGACUGUUCUCAACAGCCUGCCAUGUUCAGAGGAGCUCCUGAGCAGUAUGCCAUUCCUGCAGACAUUGCCAGAAGAUGUCAUCAUGAAACUGUCAGAUCUUAUGGAAGAGAUCCAUUUUGCAGAAGGAGAGUACAUCCUCAGACAAGGAACAAAAGGAGAUGCAUUUUAUAUCAUCAUUACAGGCCAGGUGAAAGUGACAGAGAAGAAAGACACUGACAAAGAGGAGGCUGUUGUGGCCAUGCUUUCAGGGGGACAGUGGUUUGGGGAGAAGGCUCUUUUAGUAGAGGAGGUCCACACAACAAAUGUGAUUGCUGAAGGUGAUGUGACCUGUUUGUUGAUAGCCAGAGAGACUUUCAAAGAUGUUGCUGGUGAAUUGUUGACCAGUCUAGAUGAGUAUCAGCAAAGUCAACAUCAUGCAUUUCAAUCCGACAGCUCUGAUCUGGCCUCGUCCCUGGAUCUAAAGGAUUUCCAGGUGAUACAGACAUUGGCGAUGGGGGAGUUUGGUCAUGUGGACCUGGUGCAGACAAGUGACAAGAGUUGUUUUGCAAUGAGGGUCCUCAAAAAGCAGCUAAUCCUCAGCAGUGGUCAACGAGAGCAUGUCCUGAGGGAGAAAGACAUCUUAAUGAAGGCUCAUUGUCCAUUCAUAGUCAGGCUUUUCAGGACUCUACAGAAUGCAGAUUGUCUGUACAUGCUGACAGAAGUGGGUCUUGGUGGUGAUCUUCCUUCUCUUCUGAAAGAAAAAGGAACAUUGGAUGAGAACAGCACCAGGUUUUACACGGCUUGUGUUGUGGAGGCUUUGACCUUUCUCCACUGUCGAGGUGUCGUUUACAGAGAUGUCAAACCAGAAAAUGUUGUUUUGGAUGAACACGGAUACGCCAAGCUGAUUGGAUCUGGAUGUCUUAAGAAAAUUGAUAAGUGUAAGAAAACAUGGACCUUCUGUGGUACGCCAGGCUAUUUGGCUCCUGAAAUCAUUUUAAACCAAGGAUACAGUGUAUCUGCAGAUAUGUGGUCUCUGGGGAUCUUUGUGUUUGAACUGCUCAGUGGUCGUCUCCCAUUCUGUGGCUUUGAACAGAUGAUGAUUCUCACAGAAACCAUCCGUGGCAUUGAUCACCUUGACUUCCCCAAAACCAUUAGCAAAAGCGCCUCAAGUCUCAUAAAGAGACUGUGCCGGAUCAACCCCACAGAGAGACUGAGCAGUCAAAGAAAAGGGGCCAAGGACAUUCACAAGCACAAAUGGUUUGAAGAGUUUGACUGGGAAGCACUUUGCAGGCGAACAUUAACAGCACCCAUUGUUCCAAAAGUAAAUCUCCCCUUGGACAGCCCUUCAUCUAGUCAUUAUCUUGAGGACUCAGGAGAGUUCUACACAAGCUGGGAUGAAUUCUGAUUUCAUAUUGCUACCAUCUGUUAUUGUUUCAAAAAGCC